GAAGAACAUGUUUCUGGCUGAAAAUCAGCUGGAUUCCAGGUGUGGGCCAAAAAGUCGUCCCUUUGCGCUGAAUUGAUCCAAUUUAAAGGUACCAUGUACCAUCACGGAGCGCGCACCGCAUCCCGAUAUUGUAAGUACCGUUGUGAACUACACGCUAUAGACAAAGGGUAUUUGACAUCACUAUGGUAGACGAUCCAGCUGUCUUGAUAAAUCAGUUUAUAGCUGCCGCCGCAAGCGAAGGCGACCUGGAGUUAUUUUCAGCCGAGUUGGCGGGCUUUCUUGCCAACAAAUCGGUGUCUCUUCUCCUGUUCAUUCAGGCGCUUGGCCCGACUUUGACUUCUGAAAGCACUGCCACUAGAACACAUGCUACACAUUGUUUGGCUGCAACGCUUUCCGCCAUGGAUGAUGCCACUUUCUUGCUGAUGCAAGACGUUUCUGUGCUUUUGCAAUUUUUGCUUGCAAAGCUCGAUGACGAGAAAUUGACCGUGCACGUCUUGAAUGCUUUGUCUUCCCUUGUAGGAUUCAAACACUUCAGACCAAAUGUGAAUGGAAACCUUAUCCAGCUACUCGAGAAAAUUUCUGAUCUCUAUGAGCCCAGAAAGCAUUUGGCCAAGGUCCGAUACGAGUCGUUCCAUCUUGUCGAUGCUACUUUCAAAAAUCAUAGAGACGACCUUAUUGCCAUUCCGGCUAAUGCCGAGAAAUUUGCCUCGACAUUUGUGCACAUCGCAAGUGGCGAAAAGGACCCAAGAAACUUGCUCAUGUCAUUUAAGUUGAACACGGCGAUCAACAAAAGCCUUCCUUUCGAUGACAGGUCUGCUAACGAAAAACAUGAUCAACUUCUCACGAAGUUGUUCGAUGUGGCCUUCUGUUACUUCCCAAUCUCAUUCACUCCUCCAGCAAAUGAUCCAUAUAAGAUCACAUCUCAGGAUCUAAAGACUGAAUUGAGAACCACAAUUGCUUCUCAGUCGCAAUUUGCCCAGGAUACAUUUCCUUCACUUUUCGAGAAACUUACCUCAACAAACCCAGCAGUAAGAAACGACGUCUUACAAUGUAUUUGUUCAUGCGUGGAGAAUUAUUCGUCCGAGACCCUCGAGCAAUACUGGGUCGCAAUUUGGGACGCUCUCAAGUUUGAGAUCUUGCACAAUGACGCGCUGAUCUUCAAGCCAGAAGCCGACUCCAUCAUCCCGCUUAAUGCUGAAGCUUUAGAUGAUUCUGAUGAAAAUAAAAUCUUGAUUUAUACUUUGAUUGUUCUUCAAAAGUUGGCACAGAAAUUGGAGCAUGCGGAGUCGUUCGAGCCCAUGACGGCCACUAUCAUCAGUGACUUGAAAUCACAUUUUACGUCCCUCAACGAAAAGACCUCCAAACAAGCCGUCAUUCUCAUCUGUUCAACCGGAACAUCAUCCACUAAGUUUUUUAACAAGAUUGUUCAAUUUUUAUUUUCUUUCGAGGUUUGGGGUAAAUUCAUUCGCAGUGACAAGCUAGAGACUGAGUCUGAGACAGAACAAGAGAUAGACGUCUCUAUAACUGUCACUAGACAGAGAGAAUUAAUUGACUACGUUGGCUUUGUUAUCACAGCAUCCAAAGUCCUAGCGGAGCCGAACGAUUUGUGGGACUUUAAAGAUCACUUACUCAUUUUUAUGGGGCAGCUUUUGCAAACUUCGUCCAACCUUGAGAAAUCUUUGAAGUGUAAGAUUACUCAGCAAUUAACAAAAAUGCUGUUGAUAAGUGGAUUGCUUUCAAGGGAAGAUGCGAAGUUGAUCUUGAACUGGCUUGGUGAGAACAUGGCCAGUAUAACAAGCCAUAGUUCAAAUUCGGACUGGCAGUCCGAUCUUCUUUUACAAGAAAUUGUGAAAAGUAUCAUUCGUAUCAUGACAGAGGGGUCUGAGGAGAUGUUGAGUGUCAAUGUCUCUUAUGUUAUCGAGAUCAUUCUCCCAAUGCUUCUUGAUCGCGUCUCUGAAAAGGGUGUUUUGGACCUCAUUGAUAGGCUCUGUGUAAACUACCAAUUCUUGGAAGUUUUAUCCAUUCGAUACUUGAACAAGCUUGCCUAUGAUGAAUACGAUAGAGAGGCUUUUGGUGAUAUUAUCGAGAGCCUCACGAAGUCGUUCGUUCAAACUCAAGCAGUGAAACCAUUUUUAACCAACUCAUGGCAAAAAAACUUUAUUCCCAGAUUCCUUGGGAUUAUCCUCAAGAGAAGUGGUGAAGAACCUGUCAUAUUAGAGCUCGCUGGUCAACUUUUCGGAUACAUAGUGCGUUUCAUCGAAAAAUCGAAGCAUCAAUCAACUUUGGAAGAUUAUGUCUCUGUUUUUUUGAACAAUGACGUCCACGAAGGUGUUUCCAUGGAGAGUUUGAGCGAGCAUCCGUCUCCCAAAAUUACGUUAUUCAAGCAUUUGCUCGCUAAAAUUGACAAGAAAGUGAUAUUUCCGGAUCAGUCCCAGGGAGCCCUUAUCGAUUCUUUCAUCAAGCUUGCUCAUAACUCAGAGAAUGAGUAUGUUAGGCUUGGUUAUUUGCAAGUGAUCGCACUUUUAGUCAACAAAUUCACCCUUGGAAAUGACGAGUCAGUAUCAAAACAUUUUCUUCAAUCAUUCGAGAAAGGACCAAGUGAUUCGGCGUCUCUUGAAAUCGCAAUUUGGAUUUUGAAGGGCUUAAUAGUGAAGCUUGACCCCUCUGGGUCGAAGUUCUUGGAUCUAGUCGUGACUCAAUUGACUGAAUCCGAGGAUUUUAGAUUCUGUAAGGCCAUCUCCAGCUCAUUCACUAUUCUUAUGAGUGACUUGGAUAUCUUCACAAACAAGGAAAACAGCAAAACUAGAAUCAUUUCGGGAGUGGUUAACCUAAAUGCUAGGCUUCUUUACAAGCAACAAAUUUUUGAAAGCUUGCUUCAAAAACUCCUCGCUGGUUUUACGGCUACUCAGGAUGCUUCAAGAAGAGAAGUGAGCUUGGCUACAUUGGCCGUUAUUAUAAACAACGUCUCGCCUGAGAUUUUAAAGCCUCAUUUGAAAGAAGUUUUGCCGUUGGUAUUGAAUGGAUUGACUCUACAGAAUAGCAGUGUGCUCAAAGCUUCAUUGCAAACAUUCAAAGUGAUAAUCCAGGAGUCCCCGGAAUUAAUACAAGAGAAUCUUUCUAGUCUCUUGAGUAAGUUAAUUUUCUUGAGCACUCACAAAAUGGUUGUUGACAAGAGAUUGGUCAACAAUGAGACGAUCAGACUUUUGAGUUUGGAUUGUAUAUUGGGUGUCUUUACGAGGUUGGAACAUACCAAAUUGGUGAGAUAUCAAAGCAGCGCAAGAAUGGAGCUCGCUCGUGGCCUUGAUGACAAGAAAAGAAAUGUUCGGAAAAAGACCACAGACGUCCGUCAAGUCUUGUAUGAAUUAGGCCACUGAGCAUGAUCGGAUUAUAGACCAUUAUAAUUAUUCAUCAUCGGAUUCA